CCAAGCAAACCCCGCCCACUGAUCGUGCGCCCUGACGUCACGGGGCGGGUCAGGGCAGCUGACGCGCCGCGCCGGCCGUGUUGACGUCAGGACGAGGCAUGGCGGUGGCGGCGGCGCGCACCGGGCUGGCACGAGCGGGAGCCCCGGGUUCCCGACGACUGGCCUCGUGUCCCCAGGUCUCCCCGCAGAUUGACCGGGAGGGGAAUGGCACGGUGAGCCCACGGUUUCUCAACAGGAACCCCCGAAACUUGGAGCGCCUUGCCCUUGCGUCUCGGGAUAAGGGAUGGUGUGGAGUGUGGCCCGGGAGAGACUUCUGGCAUCGCUUUUGGCCUCACUCAGCGGCUCCCGGCUCGUCGUGGUGGUCUUCCCAUUUGCAGUUGUCCGUACGUAGGACCCAGCACCACAUUGAUGCCUUUGUCGAGUCGGCCGAGGGAAAGGUAGUCAUCUCGGCCUCCACCAAGGAGUGGGCCAUCAAGAAGCACCUACACGCCACCCGUGGCCCUACCGCCGCACGGAACCUCGCCCUCGUCCUCUCCCACCGCUGCCUGGAGGCCGGCCUUGGCCUUGUGCACUUCCGCUGUCUACCCUGGGAGUUCCGCAGUGAGACGAUACAACUGUUCCGUGAGGCAUUGAAGGAUUCGGGGCUGGUUCUGAGUGAGCCUCGUUGCGUUUUCCAGAGGACUGAGGGAGGGGGAGAGAAGUGACGUUGAGUGGAAUAAAGUCUCUCCAUCUUGUUACCUGUAA